CUGUGUAUUCUUGUUGUGUCAAGUUAUAACAGUGGUGUGAGGGACAUAAAUUGCGACGAGCUGCAGAGACCAUGCAGCUCUAUUUACACUUUAAGCUCAGGCUGGUCAAUAUGUGAUGACCACAAAAUCAAACAUCUCUGUUUUAGCAUGCUACGUGAUGUUCCACUCUCACUGAACUUACACAUUGCAAGACCUGUGCAGGCAAUACUUGAUACAGGAUCUCAGUGGAUCCAGCUCCAGCUGUAAUCCAGAACAUGUGACUGGACCUGAAGCACAUGUAACAUAUGCAUGAGCAGCUUUUUGACAUUAAUAAUGUUGUGACCAAUGUUAACUCUUCACCACAAAAGACAAUUAAAGUUAUUAAAAGGUUGCUGACUGUUGUACCUUUAGGGAGUAUUAAUAAGAAAGCAGAAGCCUGUAGAAGCACUUCCGUUUUAGAAGAGUUCACAUCAGCUCAUACGUCAGUGAGAGCUGAGAGUUUGAGGUUUAGGCAACCAGAGAACAGUGCAAACGUGUGUGUCCCCUUCAGUGCAGUACACUGUGCACUACCAGCAGCAGUUGCUUCAUGACCAGUAUGGAUGGAUGGACUCUGUUCUUUGUUCUGCUUCUGCCACUAACUGUGUGUUUUGACAGCGAAGUGACUCUUGAGAAAACCCUGGGGAGCAAACCAGAUGUCACUCCACUAUGCAACAAUACUACAGCUAUCACACUGAUAGUAUGUUCCAUCAAGACAGAGAGGAGCGGAGGAGAACAGUGUCGUCUACUGUAUCGAUAUGGAGAGGGCUUUCACAGUAGUUGUGACUCCAGGUUCACACUUAAGAACGGCAGUGAGACUGCAUUACUCCACCUGACCAGUUUAACACCAGAGGACAGUGGGAACUACUCCUGUCAAUGUUCAUAUCAUGGUGGAACAUAUAUUGUCCAUCUCAAUAUCACUGUGGAGGAGGAGGAAGAGGUCAGCAGUCCCACAGGAAGGCUGAUCCCAACUGCUUUGACUGCUGUAACUGUAGUCCUCAUUAUAACUGGAGUUAUCCUGGGAUUUAUCCACAGAAGAAUACAUCAUGGCAGAACACAACUAGGGCCACAGAGCAGUCAUCCAAACCAGGAGCUGCAAGACAUUGAGCCGUACGGCACCUUCAUGCGGAAAGAAAGUGGACUUUAUUCAACCUUUAAUGUGCCCAGCCCUAACAUUAAUACUAAUAAUUCAAACAUGUCUAUCAGAGAGGACACGAAUUCUGGGAACUUUUUGUAGAGCUCCAGUUUACACUGUACCCAUUCCCACAUGAUGCAUGUUUUAGAAUUUGAUUACAAGUGAAAUUAGAACUGUUGUCCACAAGGUGACAGUCUUUUGCUUUGAGAAAUGUAUAUCAGGUAUUUCAUUCAUCUGUACUGUAUUUCUAUCAGGGCAUUUAAUUAUGUUUUUCACUAUAGUCUUCUUUUUUAGUUUGGUGACUUAAAAGGAGCACAAGAUGUUCAUGAUCAACUAAUUAUUUGAUAAAUAACCUGUUAAAACAAAGCUGAUCCCUAAUGCUCAUGCAGGUUAUAAUGAUCAUUGUAGCUUUAUUUUUUUGUCUUAUCCAUCUUCUUUUAAUGCUAAUGUAAAUGAAAAUUAAACUCUUUUUUUAUUUUUUAUUUGUGACGAUGUGUCUGUUUGUGACUUGGG